UUCCCUGGCAUGAAGAUAAAGUGAUGGGAAAGCAUUUUGGCGUGCUUUGUUUCACAUGUCAGGCAGGAAAUGAGAAAGGGACUGCUGCAAUAGCAGCAGCAGCAGGUAAGAGAGGGCCAGUUAAAAAGAUGAAGUGGCAACUCCACACCAGCGCGGCACCUUUUCAAGAGGCGUUUAGAUCUGCCUGCUGCUAUCUCUUUAAGAAGGCAGCGCAGAGAGAACCGCAAACUACGCAGCUGCCUGGGUAGCCCAGUCCUUCUCCCCUCCCAUCAGCCCCAGCCGGAGAGAAGAGCUCAGCCCAGCCGCCUCUCCCACAUGCCCUGCCGGCUGCAGGGGAGCAUCAAGCCGAGCAGCAUGGAAGAAAGCGGAGCAGGUCACUAACAGCGCUGGCUGGCUGUUUGCCUCCUGCAAGUACCGCAGUGGGGCUGCACCCUCAUCCUUCCUCUUCCCUCCCCCACCCCGCCAAAGGAAUUACUAAGAGGAGACGGCUUCUGGACACCUUUCUCCCUCCCCCCCUCCAGCUGAGCUGUCUCAGGAUGCUGGUCAGUCCUUCUGAAAUCUGAUCAUUAAGUGAUCAUGAAAGCUAUGCCCUGCUGCAGAUGCAAACCCAGAUCUGUUUGGAGCUGGAGUGGCAGUUGGCUGCUCUGCCAAGACUUGUGGUUCCACUGCUAUGUCCCUGCCAGGAAGCAGACGACCCUCGACGGGAUCCCGAAGUCGUGAGUUUUAUGGAAGGAGUGGCUUUGCCUCGUUCUUUAAGUCUGCAACAGCCCCUGCCACUCCAACCGAGAAACAGCCUCUUCUUCCUGCCUCCAGGCGUCCCUCCCCACCCGUGAGCAUGCGGGACACCUACGGCACCUCCUCGCUCAGCAGCAGCAGCAACUCCGGCUCCUGUAAAGGCAGCGACAGCAGCCCCACCCCAAGACGCCCAGUCAAGUACCUGCUGUGCAGUGAUAACCAUGGGAUCAAGCCUCCAACCCCGGAGCAAUACCUGACCCCUCUUCAGCAGAAGGAGGUCUGCAUCCGUCACCUGAGGGCCCGGCUGAAAGACACUCAUGAGAGACUGCAGGACAGAGAUGCAGAGAUUGAAGACCUCAAGACUCAGCUCUCAAGGAUGCAAGAAGACUGGAUUGAGGAAGAAUGCCACCGUGUGGAGGCCCAGUUGGCGCUGAAGGAGGCCCGGAAGGAAAUCAAGCAGCUGAAGCAGGUGAUCGACACCGUCAAGAACAACCUGAUAGAGAAAGACAAAGGGCUCCAGAAGUACUUUGUGGACAUCAACAUUCAGAACAAGAAACUGGAGACGUUGCUCCACAGCGUGGAGAUCGCUCAGAAUGGGACGGUGAAAGAGGAGGGGGCUGCAGAAUCUGCAGGGGGCUCUCCAGCUCGCUCCCUCACCCGCAGCAGCACCUACACCAAGCUGAGUGACCAAGGAGCAGCCGACAGGAACGUGGGAGGCUCCCAAACCAUCUCGGUGGAGGAAGGGGCAGACAGUGGCUUUGUGGCUGCAGAUGAUUCCCUGAGCCGGACAGACUUGUUGGAGCAGAGCAGCCUCCUGUCCUCGGGGGUAGAGUGUGGCCCAGAUGAGGCCUCUCUCCAGACCUCCUACACACUGGGGUCCCGGGUCCCAACCAGCUCCACAUAUGAGAAACUGAUGGGGUCUCAGCACAGUGUGGAGGCUGCGGUGCAAGCCAGCUGCAUGCAGGAACAAGCCAUACAGACGGACUUUGUACACUAUCAGCCCGAUCUCGAUACCAUCUUGGAGAAGGUCAUGAAGUCCCAGGCUUGCAGCCUGGGCAGCCCCACGUCGGUGUGGGUCUCCGAAAUGGAAGACGCUGCUGAGCCGGAUACCUUGGAGACUCAUGCCCACGGCUUCCCUGCAGCCCUGGACUUGGCAGCCACUGACCCCAACUCGGCUGUGAUGGUGACUGCAGGGGACCAUGCCGAGAACCCUGCUGGGCAACCAGCCCCCGCCUGCCCAGCAGCCAGUAACCCGGCAGUGCACCAUACUUCCGCUGCCAGCCUGUCAGUGAGCGUUGUGUGUGUCCCGGAAGAGGAGGCUGCUGAGGCAGGUCAAGAAGCAGCGGCAGCUGCAACAGCCAUGGAGCCCAAAAGCUACUGGAGCCGCCACUUCAUUGUGGACCUCCUGGCCGUGGUGGUGCCCGCCGUGCCUACGGUGGCCUGGCUGUGCCGCAGUCAGAGGAGGCAAGACCAGCCCAUCUACAACAUUAGCUCGCUCCUGCGGGGCUGCUGCACGGUUGCUCUGCACUCCAUCCGCAAGAUCAGCUGCCGUUCCGUCAGCAGCGCCAACGGGGCCUGCGCGCAGCCCUAGCGCUCCCUUCCCGUCCAGCCGGUUGCAUCACGCACAGGCUUCAUCGAGAGAAUGAGUUCAGAAGUGAGCUGACCGCUGAUUGUAAAUUCCAGACACGCACUGAAAUGUUUUUCUUUUCUAAAAUUAUUUAUCCAGUUAUUUAUUUUGGAACACUCAAGUAACGUGACGUAAGUUUUGACUUGCUGCAUCUCAGUUUAUGCAAUUGACUUCAACGAUGGCAUUGCUGCUGUUUCUGAAGCUCUGGAGGAGCCACAGACUGAAAAAUGCCUUCUCUGGGUGACUGGAGCUGGGGGAGGGCAGCUGGCCUCCUGGCUGAAGAACCCUCACCUUGCAGGUGAUGUAGCUGGUGGAAAUGGUCCUGUCAUUUCACUUCAGGAAAGCGAGGAGCCUCUUCCUGAACUGGUUGAGUUCCUGAACUGGGAGCAUCCAGAGCCAGUCUGGACACUUUGAGGUUACAUUGGAAAGGCUACCCACUGGCUUAGCCCACUUGCCCUACUGCUUUUUCCAAGGCCACCCUAUAAGCCCUUGGCGCUCUGCUCCCUCCUCACUGGGCUAUCACUGACUGUCAUGCUUCUGCUCAAAUUACUAGAGACUUUACCUGGCCCUUUUGCUGGUUCUGGGAAGUUAAGGAAGGGUCCUUCUGGAUGGCAAAGUAUUGUGCAACUUUAAGAGCUUGUAUGCAAGUUGGCCUUGAGAGAAUCUGUCUAUGUGGUGGCUAAUAGUUUACACCAACUUCAUGACACUUAAUCAGUCAUCAAAUGCCGGUUGGAAGCAAGAGCUUAUUUGCCCUCCACACACUCCUGUAGGGAGCUUUCCAGAUUACACCCUGCAACGGGGUCACAUCGUAUCUCGGAAGUGUGCUUCCACACUUCCCGCUUUGUGACACCACAGUCCCUACGCUGACAGCAGGGUGCCGUUCAUAUUUCCAAUGCCUUGUUUCAAAUUUAAUCACUGCGAUAUAGUGCUAUGAUGCCGUACAUCCGGCAUAAGAAAGUUGCUGUUUUUUCAGGCUGUUUGUUCCCGCGAGACUGCUCCCCCUGCUGUUUACGUGUCGAAUGCGAUUUGCCUGAAUGGAAGCAUUGUGCUGCUGUUGAGCAGCUAAUCUGGAAAGCUCCCAGGCUUGCAUUGUUCUCACAGGAAGAACUGACCCUUUCCCCCAUUUGCAAGAAAAGUACCAAUGAAAAAGGGGUGAGUUAUUCUCAGAAAUCAAAAGUUAGCCAGCAGGUGGUUUUGUAGAAAUAGCACAAAGUCCAUGCUAUAUGGUGCUAGCCAUAUGAACAGCCCCUAAAGGAAUGCAUGGAGAGUGAGAGAGCUCUUGGCUUUCACUUUGCACACAAGCUCUUCAGGUCACACAGCUCUCUGCCAUCUGAAAGGACUUGAAUGGUUCUCUGGCAGUAGCAAGAUCUCCUCUCAGUCACUUCCACCUUGUCACAAGUAAUGAAGGAUGGGCUUGUUAGUUGCUAAGCAGCAUUGCUGUACUUCUUCCAUCCGACGACUGGCAGAAUGGCUGGUUUUGUGGCGCAUGUUUGGUGUAUGGCAGAGUAGAGCCCUUCACCUUCCUGGCAGACUGAACAUGUUCCUUUCUGCCAGAAAGUUGAUUCACUUAAGAGCUCCUUCUAGCAUUUCCACAUCCAUUUCCAAAGCUCAAAUAAGGGCAUGUGGAAGAAAUGUUCAUAAUUGGCCUUUAAAACAAAAAAAACCCCCUCCAAAUUAAUCAAUUCGCUGCAGCUGACGUAUUCCCACAAUGAGCCUUCUUCCUGCCAUUGCCGAGAUCUUGAUGCAGUCAUUGUGUCCGAAUUAUUGGGGAUGACUGUUGGCCCUGAUGGUUUCCAAAGGGAAUUAGAGACAUUCACGGAGCGGGAUCAGUGCUCUUCAAGCACUAGUCUGUCUGUGCAGAGCGCGCCUCUGAUGAUCAGAGAUAGGGAGGAACUGCAUUUUGUGUGGAAUUGCUGUGCAGCUUAGCAUACUAUGGCUCAGGGGACAAUCACACUAGGAGGUGGGUACAUCUUUUGAAGAGUCUGUCUGAAUACUCUGCAGCCGUCAAAAGAACUACUGCUUUAAUUCGCACUCCAAAUCCCAGUUGCUGGGGGCAACAUUGGGAGGUGACUGAUGCCUCCCUGCCCUCCUCGUGGGCUUCCCAGAAGCACCUAGUGGGCCACUAUGGGAAACAGGCUUCUGAUCUGAUCCCGGAGGGCUCUUCUUCUUCAGUGGUGGCUCAUCCUAAUAAGCCAGCCUCUGCUUCCCAGCAGCUUGGCUUGCUCCUCCUGCCCCAUCAAGAGCUGUGCUGCCUGCAGACUGGCCAUUCAUCAGGUAGAGCUGCAUGGUAAACCUUGCAGCUCUAUUUGAUGAAUGGCCAGCCUGCAGGCAGCACGGCUCUCCGAUGAAGUGGGAGGGAGGGAGGAGCAACCUGAGCUGCCUCCUUGGGCACCCCCCUGGCUUGCUACUGCUCUUCUUCUGCAAGAGGGCUGCUUUUGAAUAUGUAGUGCCCAUACACUAGAAGCAGGGCUGUCCUUAGGGCAGGGCAAGCAGGGCGACUGCCCCGGGCCCUGCUCUUUUAACCCCCCAUUAGAACUAACUAAAAGGGGCCCUCGCACUGGCUGCUUUGCCCCAGGCCCUGCACCCCACCAGGGCUCUCUACAGACAGCCCUGACUAGAAGCAACAUUAUAGCUCCCACAAAGCAGUAGAUUCUGCAGAAAGAGAGUGCAUGUUCCGCUUAGAAGUGGUGCCAUAUCUGGCGUCUCCUUUUCUUGUUCUGAAUAUUUUACUAUACUGCCUUCCUGAGGUGCAAGGCAGCAAUUAACAUGAUCUUGGGAAGUGGGGAAGGAGGCUCUUGGACACUAGAGAACAGCUUCUACAUAAUACGGAGCCAGACAGUUGAAUGGACAGAGUGGGUCAAAGGCAGCUUCCUGCCCACAUGGCCAUUGUGAAAUGGGACAGAUGAGCAACUCCUCCAUCCCUUUAGCACAUGUGCCUCUGGCUUCAUCCCAUCCUGGGCUCUCGGGAGUGCCCAACAUCCACAUUGUAAGUGUCUGCAGUCUUUUCUGCAGGAAUCUGCAGUGCACCUGCUUUUCAAAGUUAUUUUUCUGUUUCAUUUACUUCUGAUUUUGUGCCCUAGAACAGGGGUUCCAAUGUGUGUAACUCCAGAGGUUGCUGAGCUACAACUCGCAUCAUGAUGAGGGGAGUUGUCGUUCAGCAACAUCUGAACUGCUGCCCUAGAACCACCUAAGAGUGCCAGAAGCUCUCAUUUGCAUGCCCAUUGGGCAAGUUUGAUAGGCCAGUCCAGUUGAAUUUUCUUUAGCCAAAGAAUGCUGUUCCUUUGCUGUUGACUAAGCCUACUUCUCUCAAACUUGAGCAGCCUAUUUGAUGGUUCCAGGAUGCAAAGGUUAGAGCUAUCUGACCUUUGUUAAACAACCACUAAGGAUCUACAUUAUCGCUGCUCUUUUGUCCCACAGUGACAGGGGGCCCUCUACAUGCUGGUAUCUUUUUCACUUGUAGGCAAUAAUUUACAGUGGGAACAGAGUUCACAUGAGUUGAAAUUCAGGAGUGCCUCAGGCAGAGGGGGAUGCCAAAGGCCAUUUGCUCCUCUUUCUCCCACCCUGUGCUGCCUACAGGAUGGCCAUUCAUCAGAUAAAAGCAUAAGAACAGCCUUGCUGGAUCAGGCCCAAGUCCAGCAUCCUGUUUCACACAGUGGCCCACCAGAUGCAACUGGGAAGCCCACAGGCAGGAGUUGAGGGCAUGCCUUCUCUCCUGCUUUUAUUCCCCUGCAACUGGUAUUCAGAGGCAUCCCACUUCUGAGGCUGGAGGUGGCCUAUAGCCCUCCGACUAGUAGCUGUUGAUAGACCUCUCCUCUAUGAAGUGAUCCAAACCCCUCUUAAAGCCAUCCAGGUUGUUGGCUGUCACCACAUCUUGUGGCAGAGAAUUCCACAAGUAUUCUUAGAGCUCUGAGGUUAACUUAUUCUUAGAUCUUUGAGGUUAAUAGAACUUUGUGGUUAACUGCACAGCUCGACCUGGCAAAUAGACAGCCUGCAGGCAGCAGCACAGAGCAGGAGAGAGGAGCAAAUGGAGCUCCAGGAAGCAGAGGCAAGCUUUGCCUGCCCCCCACCCUGCCCAAUUCAUUACGAUGGCUGCUAAAUUAAUAGUAGUGGAAUGGUUGGCAAGAGAGAUCUCCUCUAGGUGGUGUAGCAGCCCCACAGAUGGUGCACCAAGUCCCUGUUUAAAUUCUGUGAAAGAUGCCAGAGCAUCAGCCCAGGAGGCAUGCCCUUAGCCCCAGAAGGGGCUUAAUCCUCCGUGUGGCAGAGCUUGUGGGGGUUGUUCAGGGAUAAGGAAAAGUCACUCUGCGUUUUCUGAAAGAUGCUUGCUUUAUUAUUUCACACCACCUAAACAUGAAAAACAGAUUCCAGGGCUAAGCCGUGGGGAGCCUUGCCUCAAAUGAUGAGCACCUAACCACCAAAAUUGCACAGUACCAUUUUGAAAAAGUACUUCUCUGUUCUAGAAAGCAGAAGCUAAGCAAAGUGGCUGGAAGAAGUGGAGAUGUUGUUUAGACUUUAAAAUGCUUGGUCUGAGCCUAGACUUGCUUUUGCUUAUUCCCACAAGGGUUGCAGAAGGCAGAGAAAGGAUCUAUCAUCUCUGCAUUCAUCCCAGCCCAAGAAUGUAGUGGAUCACAAAUGUCAUGUGCAACAAUCACUUUGGAUGACCAUGUAAAUGUCACUCCACACUCCCCACCCGCCCUCCAUCAUGUUCACAAAACUUUGACCAAUUGGCUCCGGCUCUGCCUGCUGGGAACUUUUCUGGGAGCAUGUUUUCAGUGUCCACUUGGAAGCGUUUCCAGGCAAGGGCACUUGGCCAAGAUGGAGAGGAGCCAGAGAUAUACCUCGCAUAGAGCAACCUGCUGCCGCUGCCCCCACGGGGCAGCAACUGAAAAGUCCUUAAGUUUGGUUGGUCCUGCUUUGCACUAUGUUCACUUUUGGUAAACUUGAACUCUACUAUACAAAGGUCAUUGUCCGAAGACCUUAGGUGGCCGCAUGUCCCGGUGACUGGCUCUCUUCCGUGCUCUUGAUCAAGCCCUUUCCCUUUCAGAACUGAAGAGGAGAAAUCACUGCUGGGAAAACGAGAGACCAUAUUUCCAUUGGUUGCUUCUUCCACCAUCUGUAGAAACUUUGGAGAAGGAGUGUAAGGCUAGCAGCUGCUAGAUUCUUUGGUGGGGUUGGAGCUGAAACAGGUGGAGGUUGGGUCAUGCCUUAGUGCAGUGUUUCGAGGAGGAAGUUUUUAUGAAGGCCUCCUCCGGGCUGGGCUUCCAUCACUGGUUCCGCACCACUGAGGUGGCAGACAUAGAGUUAUGUGUUUGCUUAAAACCAGGUGGUGGAGGGGUUUAGAGGAUGCAGUUGGUAAAUCCAUGGCUAAGCUCCCCAUUCUCAUCCCACAACCAGCUUUUUCCUAAAAUGCUUGGGGGCAGCUACAUAUGUUCAGUUUCACUCUGUGGUUCUUAAAAUCCGACAACUUCUCCCUCUUAUAUAUACUAGCAAAAUGCUCGUCUCAUGCAAGGUAAGGUGCCACAUGGGCAGAGAGAGUCUCUCUGUAUUUGGAAGGAUCCCUAGGCAACAUGAUCUGCUGCAGGAUCCCUGGGCCCACAGGCAGGCAGAAUGGGAAGUGGGUUGAGCCCUCUGCACAGCAGUAUCCUUUAAUCAGGGAUCCUCAACGUGGAGCCCCCAGAUGUUCUUAGACUUCAACUCCCAUAAUCCCCAGCCCCAGUGGCCUCUGGUUGGGGAUUAUGGGAGUUGAAGUCCAAGAACAUCUGGGGGCCCAACGUUGAGGAUCCCUGCGUUUAUGUGCAGUGUGCUACUUUCCUUCCUAGGAAUGAAUGGCAAGCCCUUGUUUAGAUGGAAGAACAUAAUGGGGCGUGUGCAAGGGCACCGCGGCCAAUGGAGGCUUCUCCUGGUCACCCCAUUCAUUGAAGGAAGCCUCUUGCUCUCCGUGUGGCCCCAUCCAGGAUUUGUUUUGUAAGUCUCGUGAGCGAGUGCCAGAUGUUAGGAACCAGCUUGGAUGGAUGGGUGUGUGUGUGUGUGUGUGCAUUAGGUGUUGUACAGAACUUAGGUGGUCUCUGCCCCCAAAGGGCCUGCAAUCUAUAUUAGAUGACAAAAAUGGGGGUGAAGUCAUAGCUUGUGGCUUGUCAUGAAUAAGUAGUGGAGAUGUAAGGCUGAGUUCUGGGAAGCACCGUGACAGUGACGAAAGGGGGCCCCAGCUGCUUCUUAGGCAGCACAGCUCUUGGGCAGGGUGGGAAGAGAGAGGAGCAACCCAGGCUGCCUCCUCAGGUGCCCCCUGCCCUCACUCCUGAGGAAGAGCCACCACUGUUGCCUCCUAGCCCCGCUCAGAACCCUGCCACUUCAUUCCCACCACAUUCUCAUUCACCCAUCUGAGCUAGAACAGAAGAAGAGCCUUGCAGGAUACGGCCCAAGGCCUGUCCCGUCCAGCAUCCUGUUUCUCACAGUGCCCACUAGAUGCUUCUGGGGAGCCCCCAGCCAGGACGUAGAUGCUUAUGCCGCUGCUGCUGCUGCUGCUGUUCCCCUGCAACUUUUGUUCAGAGCCAUCCUGCCUUUGGAGUUUAUGUUGCAAUCAUGAAAUGCUGAAUGUGCAGCAACCUUAAGCACUGGUCCACACAAGCAUUUACUACAAUUGUGCACGUGCAUGAUAUUUGGGUUCCCAGUUGCCCUGAAAGUAACAGCCUGGUUUUGCUCUUCUGCCCUUAAUAGCACCUUGAGCUGCCUUGCUGGUGAAACCUUUCCCAACAGUCAUGAAAAUGAUUGCUUGCUAAUGUCUGUAACCAAGCUGCUCUUAAAGGCACAGCUACAGAGAUAACUGGGCAAACCUUGUUUAUCUCUUGAUGGAUGGUCACAGAUGGAACACCACCCACAAACUUCCACAUCGCCCUCAAAUGCAUUGCUUUCAGCGGAGGACACAUUUGGCUGCCACUUUGAGUUUUCCAGUACUGGACACUCAAGGGUAGCAAAAUAAUGCAAUGCAUUUGCAUUUGUGAACCAGUCAAUGGUGACUGAUAGCUAAAGCCAUCUUAGUGAUGGCCUGUUGAUACAGAUAAGUUGGCCCCUGAAGGUGCAGCCAUCAAUGGAGGACUUGGGAAGUGUGAACAAACACUCAGCUGCUAGUUGCCAAGUGUAUGCACUCACACACUGUGUUGUGUCUGAGGCAAUGUAGACAUUCUGUGACUGGACAUAACAUAAGAACAGCCCUACUGGAUCAGGCUCAUCUAGUUUCACACAGUGGCCCAUCAGGUGCCUCUGAGACAUCCACAGGCAAGAGCUGAGGGCAGGCCCUCUCUCCUGCUGUGGCUCCCCUGCAACUGGGAUUGAGUGGCAUCUUGCCUCUGAGGUUGGAGGUGGCCUAUAGCCACCAGACUAGUAGCCAUUGAUAGACCUGCCCUCCAUGUAUUUAUCUAAACCCUUUUUAAAGCCAGCCAGGCUGUUGGCUGUCACCACAUCUUGGGGCAGAGAGUUCCAUAGGUUAAUUAUGCAUUUUGUGUAAAAAGCACUUCCUUUUGUCAGUCCUACAUUUCCUAGCCUUCACUUUCAUUGGAUGGCCCCUGAUUCUAGUGUUGAAACAAAGAGAAAUUUCUCCGUAUCUACUUUUUCUAUUCCAUGCAUACACUUCUAUCAUGUCCCCCUGUAGUUGCCUCUUUUCCAGACUAAAGAGCCCCAGAUGCUGUAGCCUUGCCUCAUAAGGAAGGUGCUCCAGGCCCCUGGUCAUCUUGUUGGCCCUCUUCUGUACCUUUUCCUGUUCUACAGUCUCCUUCUUAAGAUAUGGUGACCAGAACUCUACUCAGUACUCCAAAUGUGGUUGCACCAUAGAUUUGUAUAAGGGUAUUUUAUUAGCAGUUUUAGUUUCAGUCACCUUGCUGCAUGAGAAGGCUUUUGAAACAAAAUGUAGUUUGCCUUUCUCUGUUUCUCCAAACUGGGCUUCGCUAUUCUUAAGACUGUGACACAAAUGAGACUUUGAUGAAAUGGUUAGAUAUGGUUAAUAGGGAAAUAUCCUACCAAAAACACAUUGGUGGAGACAUACUUUAAGAUUCUGGAGAAGAUGGCCUUAUCAGUCAGAUUUGCCUUAAGCAGGACUCUGUGGUAGCCACUGGCAAUACUGGUGAGCAGAUGGCCACCUCUGACACAAUUCUCAUGCUGGUUUCACAACUUGCACCACAUCCCUUGACCUUUCACAAUUUGCACAAGCCUUGUAUGCUCAUGAGAAGCCCGCCUGGCCUCCACUUGUUUUCACAGCAGGCACAAAAUGUAGCGAUGGUGAACUGGUGUAGAUUGUCAUAAGCACAAGUGACAUUGGGUGGGGGGGCUCAUGGAAUGUCCUGGAGGGAGUUAAACAGUGGUGUGCAAAGCCUGUAGCUGCACUUGUGGCAAGCAGGCCAUGUGACAGCAUUACCAUGUGAAGAGGUUGCACCUGGAAUAAGGAUGCUUCUAGAGUUCCUUUGGAUGAAAAGGUUGGGGGAGCGGAUGAGGAAGGGGCAUGCAGAUUGGGUCACCAGUCAGGAUGAUGGCCAUGCCUCUGUUUUCUUUUAAGUGUAAUGUAAAAUAACAUGGGGGAAGAGACAGACUGAAUUCUGGUGGGAAAGUGGCAAAUGUGGUUGGUGCACCAGGAGCUAAGUCUCUUGUGCUACGUACUUGUGGAGAUGUGUACACGUCCAUUAGACUAUCCAAAGCUCUGCCUAGAAAUAAAUGUACGACUAUAUUUGAAAGAGAGAGAAAAAUCUAUAUAAUAUAUUUUUAAAUACAGAACUUAAAAGCUGUAUUAUUUUCCUGGGUUUUGAUUUCCACUGUCCUGUAACCAUUGUCUGUUUAGUGACUGUAAUAAAUGUCGUUUGGGUCUCUG